AUGGCAAAGUCCAAGCACAGCGUCCUCCCUCUCGUCCUUCUCCUCCUCUUCGUCGCGAUCGUCGCGGGCGUCGGGUACGUAGUGUACACCAUCGUGCAAGAUGUCAGCAAGAACACGCGCGCGAAGAUGGAGAAGAAGAAUAUGGUCUUCAGCAAGGAUGGAAUGAAGGUGCAGGUUAAGGAGGUCAAGGAUGAGGCGUAUAAGGAUCGUACUCAAAGUGUCCUCGUCAAUAUGUGGAAUCACACCUCCUUUCCCGCGUACAAGAGUCGGCUUUGGGAUAUGAGUGGUGCCGAACAGAAGAAUGGUGAUAAGCGCAAG